AUGGCACGCGCUGUACCACCAGGCUCCAUUGAAUGCAAUGGCGCAGUUGCGUUUUGUGUCAUGAUCAUUAUCGCGAUCUCUAGUGGCCUGAAAAAAAAUUGUGCUGACAUUUACGAAGCUGGGGAAAGAAGAGAUGGUAUGUACACCAUAAAACCUGAUAACUUACAUGCCUUUGAUGUAUUCUGUGACCAAACAACGGAGGGUGGAGGAUGGACUGUGUUCCAGAAGAGACUGGACGGCUCGGUUGAUUUCUACCGCUACUGGAACGACUACAAACGUGGCUUUGGUGACCUGUGUGGUGAGUUUUGGCUCGGACUGGACAAGAUUCACCGUCUGACCUCAGAUGAUAAAAACGUGCUACGUGUAGACUUGGAAGACUUUGAAGGGAACACAGCUUAUGCUGAGUAUAACUUGUUUGGUGUUAUGAGUGAGAAAGACAAGUACAAGCUGAUCCUUGAUUCUUAUUCAGGAAAUUCUGGUGACUCUCUUGCUGUGCAUCGCGAUAUGCCAUUCACCACUAGAGAUCAAGAUAAUGACAUUCGGAGGGAUCACAACUGCGCCAUUAAGUUCAAAGGAGCCUGGUGGUACACGAGGUGUCACCAAUCAAAUCUCAAUGGCUUGUAUCUUCGUGGAAAUCACUCUUCCUUUGCUGAUGGAGUGAACUGGCUUCAUUGGAGAGGAUAUAAUUACUCCCUCAAGAGAACCGAGAUGAAAAUGAGACCAGUGGAUUUCUGAACUGUCAUGUUCGUGGCACAACAAUGAUACAGUAUCAACUUAACAAAAAAAACCAGUUCCUCGAUCGAGUCCAUUCAGCAUUUAAUAAUCACUAUUAAAUUGCAGCUUAGCGAAAGGUUCGUCGCAAUGUUCGAGCUUGUUUAGGGUUUUUCUUGCUUCUUUGUGUGCGUUUUUCAAAAUAGGAGUAAAUGAUUCCGUAGAAUCGGCCAGUUAACCGAUAAUAAUAAUAAUAAUAAUAAUAAUAAUAAUAAUAAUAAGUAGCUCAGGAAAAAUACGUCUUUAAUCGUUUCUCAAAAACAGAAACUGGUGGACUCAAUAUAAGAUUUAUGGGUGAGACAUUCUGUAGCCUGGGGGCAGCGGCUGAAAAGACCCUGUCUCCAUAAAAUUUUAGGUGGGUGUUUGGUGUUUACAAGAGCUAUCCUCGAAUCUAAGUGGCUUGUAUCAUUAUAGCCAUCACGACUCUAUGCUCCUUCAUUAUAUAUCGGUUUUGACUCGUAUUUUCACUUAACGGAACACAAAGCGAUCACACAGUCUUCAUUUUUUCAAAGUUAACCAGAAGACUAAACCCAGUCGCUAAUUCAGUUCAAGUUCCCUUUGAUUUCUAUAACGAAACCCCAAACAAUUAACCAAUGUUUUGACCCUAAAGAACGCUAUCAGAAAAACAAAUAUUUCAAGUUGCACUGGAAUGCGAUAACGUAAUGUUGAUGAUUCUAAAAUGCUUCAUAUAUUGCUUUUAUUUGUAUUUUCUUAGCUGUUGUUAAAGUAAAGACCUUACACUGUUAUUAAUAACAUAUUGCACUCUUAAUCAUAAGAACACAUCGUCACGCCCAAGCUCCAUUUUGUAGAUAUGGCUCAUCAGCUGAUUAUGUUACGAACUAAGUUUGUAGAAAUACCAAAUGUGAGGAUGAGUAGGUAA